AUGAAAAAGGGAUGGGACGAGCCAGUUACACCAGAGUAUCAGAAAAAGUGGGCUCAGUUUCUUGCACAUUUGCAGGAUUUGGCUUCGCUGGAGGUUCCCCGAUGGAUCAGUGAUAUCCGGAAACCAAUUCACAUGGACCUCCAUGUUUUUUGUGAUACGAGCAUGAAGGCUUACGGAGUCGCUAUUUAUUGUGUCACUACGGAUUCUGAGAAUCGGAGGACAUCGCGAUUGCUUACUGCGAAGUCCAGAGUUGCUCCUCUGCAGAAAUUGACUAUCCCGAGGCUGGAGCUCUGUGGUGCUUUGUUGGCAGCCACUUAUGCGGAUCGUGUUAAGAAUAUUUAUGCUCCAGAUGCGAUGUAUUUUUGGUGUGACUCUUCGGUGGUCAUUAGCUGGAUUAAUCGUCCACCGAGUUCUUUCAAGAUCUUUUUUUCUAAUCGAAUGGAGGGAAUUUUGAAGUUGUCAACUCCUGCACAGUGGAAACAUGUACCAACCCAUUCAAAUCCUGCUGAUCUCAUAUCCCGGGGAGUUACUCCUCAGCAUCUUCGAGACUCUCAGCUUUGGUGGUUUGGUCCGAAAUGGAUUGUCCUCCCUGAAAAUCAGUGGCCUAUCUCUCCAGUUAAUUCUUAUUAUCCCACUGAGGAGGACAAGAUUAUGUUGACCGCUGCUUCAGAAGUAUCUUUUUUCCAUUCUUGGAUCAUGAAAUAUUCCUCAUCACCGUCAGUCCAACGAUUUGUUGGUCACUGUCUGCGUUUUAUCCAUAAUACCAAUCCAUAUAAACCGAAGCUAUCUGGCGUUCUCACAACUGAGGAAUUUGAAAGAGCCCUUAUCUGCCUCAUUUAUACGGAACAACAGACUUUUUUCAAAGGUGUUCCUGAAUUGAUUAAGAGGGGUGCGCUAUCAAAGUCUCAUUGGAAAAGUCUAUGCUCGCUUAACCCUUUCAUCGACGAUCGUGGGAUCAUUCGAGUUGGAGGCAGAUUGAAGAAUGCAGAUACCUCUUUCGAUGCCAAGCACCCCAUGUUGUUGCCGAAGUCACGUUUGGCCCUGCUUUUAGCUCGUCAUGAGCACCAAAGGAAUCUCCAUGCGCCACCUACACUAUUGUUAGCCAUUAUGCGUCUUCGUUUUUGGCCCCUUGGAGGAAGAAAUUUGGUGCGCAAAGUGGUACAUGACUGCGUAAGUUGUUUCAAAGCAAAGCCAGUUCCUACUCAUCAGCUUAUGGGUGAUUUGCCUCGCCAUCGUGUGACUCUCCAGAAGCCAUUCUAUGCUGUCAGAAUUGAUUUAUGUGGGCCAAUCUACGUGAAACCUGACAUUCCCCGACCCCGGGGAGCCCUGAGAAAAAUCUACAUUGUGGUCUUUGUGUGUCUUGCCACAAAGGCUACUCAUUUGGAAAUCGUCCAUGAUCAAUCUACCGAGGAGUUCCUGCAGUCAUUUCGACGUUUUUGUGCCCGCCGUAGCCGCCCUCAACAUGUUUAUUCCGAUUGCGGGAAAAAUUUUGAGGAAGCUAACAACGAGCUUGCUCGCCUACUUCAGCUGGAGCGCAAUCAGGAAAAGAUUUGCAUGGACACUCGGGAUGAAGGCAUCCUUUGGCAUUUUAAUCCGCCUGGCUCUCCACAUCAAGGAGGAUUGUGGGAGGCUUGCGUAAAAAGCCUCAAAUAUCAUUUGAUUAAGAUGACCAAUGGAUCUAAUUUUCCUGUAAAGGAUUUAUCAACACUGCUCUGCCAGAUCGAGGCUGUUCUUAACAGCCGACCCCUAUGCAAGUUGAGUGAUGACCCGAAUGAUGAUGCCUUCCUCACUCCUGGCCAUUUUUUGAUAGGAGCUCCCUUAGUAGCACUUCCUGAUCCUGAUUGCACGCAUCUCCCACUCAAUAGACUCUCUGGCUCACAAUUUUGUCAACGCAAAUUUCAGGAGUUUUCCAAACGCUGGCAUCGGCAAUAUUUGAAUACGUUGCAACAGAGAGUCAAAUGGAAGUCAUGUCAACCAGGUUUGAUGAUCGACGACGCUGUGCUGCUCUUGGACGAAACUGGAAGAUGGGUUCUUGGGAGAAUUGUGGAGACUCAUCCUGGCCAUGAUGGACAUACAAGAGUAGUUUCAGUACGAACCAAGAGAGGAACGUACAAGAGGGCCAUCACAAAGUGUGCGAAGCUUCCGACACCGGAGGAAAUGGAUUCCUGUUCCAACAUGGAACAGCCCGGAGAGGAUGUUCAGCAUUCUGCUUAG